AAACGUCAACACAGCCGAUUGAUUUUCCCGUUUGUUUUGUUGCAAUUUUUUACUGCGAAAAAUUCUAAUUUAUAUAUAUUAUUACGUAUAGAUAUGAAAAAAUCAUUGUUUCUAUGUCGCGACUGAUUAUUAAGCAGUCAUGAACGUGUUAGAAAAGGCGGAGAAGGCGUUGGAAUAUUUAAAAAACAACGAAGGGAUCGCGAAUGUCUUAAAUAUUUACAGGGGCCACGAGCUCCAGACCGCGGCAGGAACUUUAGGUCGGUGCUUAGGAGCACUAGGAAGUCGUCAAAAUUGCUCUCGCCAUUAUGCCAACUUACUACACACAGCUAUACCAACAUUACUAAACUUAGCUAGCAAUGAAAGUGCAGAAGUACGUUUACUUGGAGAUGAGGCAUUAAAUAGAGCAGUGGCUGGAGGCUUUGCAUUUCAUUCGUUCAAAACAAACAUUGUCUUGCAAAACCAAAUAGACACUAAUAAAAAUGCAAGAUGGAUUCGAGCAGCCCUAUCACGAAUCUGCCUCGGAGAUUGCUGGCUCCGACCUGGCGUUGGCAAGAUACGUUCUCAAGCACAAACGUUAUUCCCUAAACUCAGUCAAAUCGUACGACAGACAAAUGAAAUUCAGCUAAUUGUGGAAGCUUUAGAGAAUAAUCUACCAAGGAUUUUGACAGCUUUGGCUGAGUAUACUACGGAUGAGGAAAUUUCUGAGUUAUCGAAGGCCUUAUUAUUUCACGCGGAGAGUACAGAGCCGGCAGUAAGGCGCGGUGUAGCCAAUUGCGUCGCACAUUUAUGUUCACACAGAGAGCCACUACUUACAAAUAUACUUGCUAGGACGUUUGAAAAGCUCUGGCCGUCAGCACAAGAUGACUCAGUGGUUAUAGGAUGGUUUUGCAUUAUCAAAGCCAUAUUUCAGAUAAACAAUAUAACGAAAUUCAGAGAAAACGACCUGUUUAGUGUUCAGGAUUUCCUAGAGCUGUACCAGCUCUGCAUACACUACAUAGAGCAGUCGACAAUAGAACACAACAUACAAAACACGGUUAUUGAGUGUCUGUCCGUGUUGCUAUCUCAAGUGAAGGACGAAUACAGGCGAGCUUUAUUGGAAAAACAUCCGAGGCCCGUCUGCCUUGAUAACAGGCAGUCUGAGAAGGGACACAGGAGAAAUAUUAGUUACUCAAGCGCUAUAUCGUCCAGAACAGUGGCGAGCGUUCCCUUAGACUCAAAGGACACAGAGAUAUGUUUCAGCGGAGCGUUGCAACUGGGGAGCUUGUUGCAGCUAAAUUCACAUUGUGGGAGCACGGAUGAAUUAGCCAUACAGACUCCCGACACGCCGGUAAGCGAGUCAGAUAUACAAAUGCAAGAUACGGAGCAACUUUCGAAGGAAUUAAACGAAAAGCUCCAAGAUUAUGAGGACGAUGGAACCGAUGAUGACGUCAUCAGCACCCGCGAGGGUCAGUUGAAGAUUAAUAUUGGAUCAUCAACAGAUGAUGACGUACGUCUAAAGUAUUGCGCAAGAUUAUUGACGUCGAAAUUUCUUCUAACCGGAAAUAAAGGAGGCGUUAUAUCUGAUAGGUCUGUCCGUGUGUCAGUGAAGUCAUCAACGCUGUCCUGUCUCUCCAUUAUAUCGCAGCUGUACCCGCAGAUAUUCACACUGUAUUUAGACAAGGAUGCUGAUUUAAAGUUUCACAAUUAUUCUGCAUCUUCUGAAGGAACAGACUCAAACCCCGACCACAUAAACGAGUUUAUACUCGAACGAAAUGUUUGUUACCAAGAUUCGAUUACAGAAUCACUAAGCCAAGAACUCUUAAACCGUAGCACGGAUAGCCCGUCGCAGCAGAUAUUCAAGAAAGACAGCAAAUCUCUAGAAAAAUCCACGGACAGCGAACUAAAAAGUUCCAAAGAUGUACCGAGUAACAUUCUUGAUAGCAAAGUUUUUACCAAAGAUCUGGUCGCAAGCGGACUAAGCGCGGAUAGCACUAAUCCUAAUAUGAGUAAUAGUAAUUUUACGUCAAAUUCCAAUAUGACCGGCAGUAUUGACCACAUAUCGACUGGGUACCCAAUGUCCAGUAGUGGGGAUGUCUUAUCCUCUAGUUUAGACCUAGAUAUGAAAUUUGACCAUUUUGGCGAAUCUACGACAAAUUUAGAUACAAUAGAGUCAAAGGAGGGAAAACGGGAGAAAAAAGAGUUGAAACGUAUGCAAGAAGUCGAUAGUAGAGAUGUGCCGGAUAUCGAUAAGAGUGACGAAAAAAUGGAUAAAAGCGAUUUCGAAUUUCAGCAUAUGUCCGAAAUGUUUUCGUUACUGGAAAGUCAUAAUGAUCCACAAAUAAGGGGUCUGGUGAGAGUUUGUAUUGGUAAUUAUUUAGUUGCUGCCUUGAAUUUGGCGCACGGUGAUUACAAUCGGUGGAGGAAUUACAGCCUGUUACCGAAGGAAGUUGGCGAGUUGAUUUGCGUGGAAAAGUUAGUGGACAUCAUCUUAAAAGGUCUGUCAGAUGAAAUCCAGUCAACAGUGAACCACACUCUGUCGUCUCUGACCGGUCUCACCAGCGCCCUCUGUGAUAGCGUCCACUGGAGUCUUCUGAGUGAUGUUCUAAACACUCUGAUCGGAGUACAGUAUAACAGCUACUGGCUCUGUAGAGUGAAUCUCGCUAAGUUGUACGAAGUAUUGCCUUAUCAAAAGCUGUUCACAUUGCAACAAGACUAUUUAUCUAGAAGUAAGCUAGUGAUGGACGCGUUGCUACAUCUGUUGGGCGAUCAAGAUCAGAAAGUUCGUACUGCUGGGGCGCAGGCGAUAUCAAGCAUAGUACCAAAAAUCUACCCGCCGAGGCGAGCAACGCCCAUCACAAUGAUGACCCAGAUAUCUAAAGAGCAGAGUAAAAUAUUUACCUUCGAUACGAACGGCCUGGCACUUGAACUAGUCAGAGAUAUUUACUUCUAUAACGAUCUGCCAGAACAAUUGAAAGAUGGGAAAGCUCUAGAAAAUUGUGAUAGUUUGAUGGUUGUUAUCGGAGAUUUGGUCGGGAGGCUGAUGGCGUCGAAUUGUAAGAAUUAUUCGCAAGGUCUACUAGAAGCGUUGAAACUAAUAUGCCGUACUUGGUCACCUUGGAAACACAUAGAUGCGUACACAGGUCAAGGCAUCCUGGGCUAUUGCCUAGACAGUCUAGACUACUGCAAUGGGAACGUUAAUGUUAGGACUAUGUUAUUGGAAAUCAGUCGCUUGGUUUAUCCGGUCGAAAUCCACAACAUAAUGCGCAACAGAACAGCGAACCGAGAUAUUUUCGAACGAGAUACGCAAGAAGCUAAAGAGAAAUGGUAUCACCUUGAGGAUCAAAAAAUGGCUACUUUAGCCGAAAAAUUCCUUCAAGUGACCUUGAAAAUGUUAAACGUGUUAGUACAUUUGAUAGAGGAAGUUAAUCCUAACGUGCAUGUGAAUAAGAGCGGUAUUGCUUUGCCGGGCAGUCCGGUUAGGAGGAAAACUCAAGAACCAACUCCAAGAAAAAGCAGUACACCAUCAGAAUCAGAAGACAAAAAUCUUCGCAAGAAGCCCGUACCCGCUAACAGCUUGAAGGCUAACUUCGCAGGGCACUUCUUUAAUGAGCCCCUAUAUAUGAAGCUUUAUGAAAACUUAAGAGCUACGUAUUCGAAUCACAAGAUAAACCUAGAACCGAAGAGCAGUAUUUUCUACGAAUUCCUAUCAACAACCCUGAACUGUUUAGCGAUACAGCUAGAAUUGGCAACGGAAAAAGAAUUUGGUCCAGUCACCGAAGAAAUACUGUACUAUCUAAAGGUUAUAAUGCCAUUGUGUUCAGACCAAACUGUGUAUUGUGUGACCCAGUUGUUAAAAUGCCUUUUCGGAACCAAUAUGAUAAAUCAGUAUUCAGAUUUUAUGAGUAUUGCGACCAAGAAUUUCCCUGAUGAUAGUCCGAGUUUUUUCCAAGAUGUUAUGUUGGUGAAUUCCCUGAAAUUAAUUGAAGAUGACAAGAGUAGCAUCAGCUCGAGUUCUAGUCAAAAGUUGUCUUUGGAUAGUAAGAAUCCGAGGAUGAUGGAUGAGAGGCAUCUACUGAUGAUGAUGGAGAACUUCUCCAAGAAUCGAACUGACAGGAAGUGGAGUACCAAUAAGAAGGAACUGGAAAGAUAUAUUAGACUUUUUGAACCAGUCGUUAUACAGUCUUUAAAGAGUUACACGCUGCAAAGCGAUCUCCCCUUGCAGCGCUCGGUACUGCGACUGCUGGGACAGCUGCUGGCGCUCAGGGUCAACUACUGCAUGCUGGACAGCGACCAGGUGUUCAUCGCCUUCCUGCUCAAGCAGCUGGACCUCGUCGAACAGCACGAACUGCCGAAUUGUUGCGAGCUCGUCAAUAGUAUAUUAUUAUUUUUAGUCCAACUAUCGUCUUCGAAACAUCACACCAAGCAAAUAAUCGAAAUACCAAAGUUAAUACAACUAUGCGACGGUCUAAUGGCGUCCGGUGCUCAAGACGAAUGUAUUGCGGGCUUGGAGCCAGUCGCAGUGCGAGUGUUCAGUAGUAUGGGAGGUAACACCGUUCUCGGUAGAGCGCAACAACAAGAAGCCCAGGCGACGAGAGAAGUUCUGUUCUACAUGUUGCAGAAGACGAUGCACCAACCUAAGGUGCUGAACCUGGUGUCGUGCGUGCUGGCGCUGUCGCAAGAGCACCCCGAGAGCUACUACCGCUGGUCGGAGCUGGCCAGCGACACGCUGCUGCACCUGCUGGCCGAGCGCAGCGUGGAGACGGACUGUGCAGCAGCUGUGCAGGCGCUGGAGCGGCUGCUGCAGCGCCUGUUCCGCGACGUGCUGCUGGAGCAGGCGAGAGUGGAGGCGCUGCUGAAGAUACUGUUCAAGGCGCCUCCCGACCCGGAAACAACACCAAGAAAACUAAAACUCCGUUACCUAAUAAUAAUAAUGGUGCUGUUACGUCGAGUACUCGUCCUAAUACCGGAAAGUGAAAUAUUACUAUCGAUCAAUUACUUAAAAUCGACGUGCAUUUCACCUCAGUCAAUAUUUUUCAACGUAAAACCCAACGUUGACCCUUUGAACGUACAAAAUGUGAAUGAAAACUGCGCAAAUCUGUCGCCAGAUGUCGUCCUAGUUAGAUUUCUAUUUAGAAUUCUGACGUAUGUUAUAAUGGAAAUGAAUGAUUUUGAAGCGAAUGUUGAUUCUGAUGAUGAUGACAGAGAUCAGAAUAAAUUGAUGUACUCAGUCUGUUGUAAUAUCAUCGUUCAAGCAAAGCAUAUGAUGCAUUUGACAAAUGGCUGCCUGUUCCCUCUGACCGCCAAAACAGCACAAACGAUCCUCCACAACGAACAGAGCGGUCUGAACACAGGACUCUACAGCCCCGAGGAGAAUAUACCACUGGACACAUUGAAUUUAAUAUGUCUGAAGCUAGCUCACAAGCUGCCCUUGAUUACUGUGCAUUGGUCGCAUUUAUUGAUCAGGUUAAAUUUCCUAUCGCACAAGUACUGGCACAAGCUGAUAGGCUUCGCCCGCGAGCUGCCGCUGAGUGCCGAGCGCGGCGCCGGCGGCGUGCUGCGCGCGGGCGCGCUGCAGGCCGCGUGCGCGCUGGCGUCCUGCGAGCACUUCAUAGACAACGGCCUAUCAGAAGCGGUACAUCUCUCUUGGCUGCUAGUUAACAGAGUACACAUACUAGUAUCGCAGUAUAACGAAGAUAUUGUACGGAACUUUAUAAACAGGGUUCAACAGGCGCCCGGGGCCUCUGGGCUACUGUUGCAAGCGAUUGCCGCUAGAUGCCAGAACUGUUUGAAGGAUGAAUUCGCAUUAAACACAUACAAAAUACUGUCUCUCUGUCACGAGAGCCAGUCGGGUGCUUUAGUUUUCCUCAUCUGCCGUAUCAUCGGGAAACUGGAACCGGCCGUUGCUACACGAUUUGCAAAACUAGCGAUAGAUAGAUGUAGAGCACUCAAGAAUAUGCCCCCCGAAACUAUCAACUCUCAACUGUCCAAAGAGGAUGUUCAAGUCGCAUUGGAGCUGUUACAAAGGGAUAAGGUUCAUAUACGCUAUUCAAACUUAGUGAUGGAACUAAACGCAUUGGCGUCCAGUGUGUUUGACCUUUCGCCUCUUGAUCUCUCGCAGGAUAGAGCGGUCAACUCACAUUAUAUCGUUACCACAAACGUUGAUUGCAACUGGCUUCUGAAUCAGGUUAAGGGCAGAUGCUGUCAAACAUACUGCAAUGUACCGAAAGUACCGAAGUCCAACGAUUUAGCUUUGCUUCUAUCAACUCUCACUCAAGAAGAUCUCACAUGCAUAAUGUCCUGCCCAGAAUUCGACAGAAAAAUACUAAGUUCUUGUUUCAAAAUAUCUUGCGAAAAGUUUACAAGAGAAUUCUUUAAUGUAUUGUCAGAACAAGAGUUGAGAGAGUCAGAGAUAGACUUGAUGAGAGAACAGAGGGAGAUCGAAAUAGCGAAAGAAGAAAUGUCUUCCUCCAUUGAUAGCAAUAAGUUAAACGUAGUCAAUACUCUACAAGUGUUCAAGAAAGGUGAGACGAAGGAAUCGAAGUCUCAAUUCUUCAUACCAAUUAUGGAUAACGAUGUCAAAGAAAAGUUUGGCAAUCUCCAAAUAACGGAGGAAGAAACGGACAUUUCGGUACCAGAAAUGCCAAAACUCUACCAAGUUUCUUUGACGAUUUUGGACAAAUCUUUGGCAGAUGUCCUGAAAUUAUUCCCCAAACAGAACAGACCACUGAGUCAAUCAGAAAAUUUUAAUUUGAACGUCGAACAAACGAUAGACAGGUAUACAAGACGUUGCCAUCAGGUAUUCCAAGAUAAACUUUUUUACCAAGAAUUCAUAACGAUACACACCGUACUGACAGGGCUCUUGAAGUCUGUUGAUUCGGUUCUAACAUUAAUAGAUGGAACGGACUGCGAAUUAUUGGAAAAGUGCAUCGAAAAUAUACUACCAAGUACAUUGACCAGAAAUAUCGCGGUAUUUUCUGUGGUAUCGCUUCAGUAUUUGUCGUUUUUGAUCAAAAAUAAGAAAGUCGUUCAAACGCCGGUACAUGCGGAUGUUUCUUUUCGUGUUACAAACGUUUCUACGGAUAACGUGUCCGUGGAUCACGUGAUAUUGGUCGCAGUUCACAACGUGGCGAAGGCUUUGAGUAUCAAAGAGAUCUGGUCGGAGUUAAAUGUGGAGAGUAAUUUUAAUAGGACCCAAUCGGCGAUUAGUUGCUUGUAUGCGAUCGUUAAAUAUUUGGUUAAGGACACAAAGCCCCUAAUAUUAAAAACCUUCAUGAAGAUACAAGACGAGGGUCCGAUACCAGACAUCAUAAUAACAGGGAAUAAAUUAGCUACAUUAGUUGAAUAUUGGGAAGAAAAUUUAUAUAGUAAAAGUAAUAGAGAUAUACUUGGGAAUCGAUAUAAAAAAUCAAUUGAGAGUCUUCUCAUAAGUUUGUCAAGGUUAGAACUAGUGACAAACAUAGCUUUGAUACCGCCGCUCGCGUGGUCGUACGUCGAAGUGAAAGCAAAAAAGGAUCAGUUGGAAAAAAUCGAUAUACCCCUACAGCCUUUACAGGAUAUGGAUGUAUUAGAAGCCUUUUUGUUUAGAGUAAACCUAAUCGGCUGGUCGUCAAAGAAGCAGUUCGAGGAGAUAUGGGUGGGGCUGCUGGGAGCGCUGCAGGGCAACGGGAGCCACUGGGCGGUGGGCGGCAUCACGCAGCUGCUGCUGUCGGGCGGGCCGCGCGUGCGGGCGCGCCUGCUGCACGUGCCGCGCAGGCGCCUGCCGCUGGCCGACGGGAUGCAGCGUCUCCGUAACAUCCUGGUCGGUACUUCAGCGUACAGUCUGUUCGAGGAUGUGAACUUGGAGCGGGUGCCACUGAUGCGGGAUGGUUUCUGUGACUUUCACUACGGACAGUUCAGUACUGAGUAUUUGAAGUACGCUGCAGAUAUGACAGAUGAUGUGUCCUAUAAGAUUCGGAAAGAAGUAAAGCGUAAGAGGAAAAAUACGGAGAUAGACGUCAACAGCUGCCUUCAACUGCUAAUGGAUGUUACUACAGAAAUGCUGGAUCCGAAGUCGGGCACCGGGGUGGCGGGGCGCGUGGCGCUCACGAAGGCGCUGUGCUACACGUCGGGCCUGCUGAGCUCCGGCGCGCAGUGGGCGCGGCUGGGCGCGCUGCUGGACGCGCCGGCGCACUGGCCGCACGCCGCCGCCGCCGCGCUGCAGGCGCUGGCCGCCGCGCUGCCCGUCUUGCACAGCGCGCACUCGCAGCGGUGUGCUACACGGCUGGGCGCGCUGCUGGACGCGCCGGCGCACUGGCCGCACGCCGCCGCCGCCGCGCUGCAGGCGCUGGCCGCCGCGCUGCCCGUCUUGCACAGCGCGCACUCGCAGCGGUGUGCUACACGGCUGGGCGCGCUGCUGGACGCGCCGGCGCACUGGCCGCACGCCGCCGCCGCCGCGCUGCAGGCGCUGGCCGCCGCGCUGCCCGUCUUGCACAGCGCGCACUCGCAGCGGUGUGCUACACGGCUGGGCGCGCUGCUGGACGCGCCGGCGCACUGGCCGCACGCCGCCGCCGCCGCGCUGCAGGCGCUGGCCGCCGCGCUGCCGGCAGACGUUUGCAAUCAUCCACUGUCUCCUGAUUACAACCACUGUCUCCGUGUUGCAACGACGCACCCGCUGUUUCCGCUGUUUCUACUACAUCCUACGAGCUACAGAGUGCUACAGAGUACCACAGAAGGCCGUAGAAUACCACAGAGUGCUGCAGAUUGCGCCGUCCGAUUUAUUAAACCGUAUAAUGGCAACCGAGAAACAUUAAAUUCUUUUCUAAUAGAUUGUAACAACGUUAUAGAAUUAGCGUCGGAAGCUCAAAAGCCGAUUCUUGUAAAAUAUAUACUAAGUCAGUUAGAAGGUAGGGCGCAACUUGCCUGUUCUAUUAAAGAAUUCGAUAAAUGGGAACAACUUAAAGAAUUUUUAAAGACUCAAUUCGGUGAACGUAAGCAUUAUUCUCACCUCCUAACGGAGCUACAAGAAAGCAGGCAGGGGUCGCUCACCGUAGGCCAGUUUGCGCUUAAAAUAGAAACUUGCCUCUCACAACUUCUUACCGAAAUUUCGAUAUCAAACCACAAAGCCAUUGAGAUACCUGGGCGCACAGCCGCCAUGGAAGACCUUGCUCUCCAUCACUUUAUAAUGGGUCUCAAACCUCAAAUAUCUAUGAUUGUAAGAUGUAAAUCACCUUCGACCUUGAAUGAAGCCAUUAACAUUGCUGUAUGUGAAGAGACAAUCCAACAGAAUAUGUAUAGGAGAUCACAAGCUCCUACUCCGUUCACAGAAGACGUCUCGUAUAGGUGUCGUGCGAGAUCCCAUACAAAACCUGGCACCGUUUUCCAUGACUCCGAACUCCUCGUUAAACCAAAUCGUAAAUCCGCUGUAUCCGCUGAAUCCGCUGUAUCCGCUGAAUCCGCUGUAUCCGCUGAAUCCGCUGUAUCCGCUGAAUCCGCUGUAUCAACUGUAUCCGCUGUAUCCGCUGUAUCAACUGUACCCACUGUAUCCGUUGUAUCCACUGUAUCACAUACUAAAUCCACUGAAUCAAAUACUAAAUCCACAGAUUCCCGUACUAAGGACCUUGAGUCUAAAACUGAUCCGAAUAAAUCAAUCCACAUUGAUAACAAAAUCUACGAAAUAACUACCAACCCUGAUAAAGUCUUGCUUCCUCAUAUCCUUGUCUACUCUUCAGUGUCACGGACUCCAUUAUCUUUAUUAAUAGACUCUGGAUCCGCAGUCAGUAUCCUUAAAUCAUCAUGCAUAGAGAAACACCCCAAGUUAAUUAAAGAAAAAAUAAGUCUAAAAGGUAUAGAUCCCGUUAAAUGUUCAACUAAAACACUAGGCCAUUUUAUUUUAAAAUUACAAAUCACCGAUUCGCCUCGCAAAUUUGUAAGCCAUAAAUUUCAUGUCAUAAACGAAAUUGAUCUCCCGUAUGAUGGCAUAAUUGGAACUGACAUGCUAAACUCUUUUGGAUGCAACAUUGACUACACUCAUAAUCUUUUAAGAAUAAAUAAAUCAGAAAUCAAGUUACAAUUUCAUGAACCAACAUACUUAAUCCCUGCUCGAUCUGAAAUGAUAAUCGAAUGCUCUGUUUCCAAUCCCGAAAUCAAAGAAGGAUUGAUUUUAGAUCAGACUCAAAUAAAAGAUAUUCUCAUCGCUAAUUGCUUAGUAAAAGUAAAAAAUAACAAAAGAGUUAAUGUCUCUGUAUUGAACACCUCGGAAUCCGCUAUUUCUCUAAAUUCCAACUUAAAUAUAACUCUAAUCCCAAUCGACACUAAUCAAUCUCCUACUAUAUCCCAUGAUCCUAUAAUUCAAUAUCCCAUUAAUAAUAUUAAGCACCAUGAUUCCUAUAAACGCACUAAAGAAGUCCUUAAUCAUCUGAGAGUGUCACACCUAAAUUCAGAAGAGAUUGACGCUCUUUUUAACUUGUGUUCUGAUUACUCAGAUAUAUUUCACCUUCCCGGUGAAAAAUUAACUCACACUGACGCUAUAAAACAUUCCAUCAAAACUACAUCUGAAAAUCCCAUCCAUGUAAAGUCCUAUCGUUUUCCCGAAAUCCAUAAAGCCGAAGUCCAGAAACAAAUAGAGUCAAUGCUAGACCAAGGCAUAAUCGAACCGUCCAAAUCACCAUGGUCUGCACCGAUCUGGGUGGUACCCAAGAAACUAGAUGCUUCCGGGGAAAAGAAAUGGCGAAUCGUAAUAGACUUCCGUCAGCUUAAUGACAUCACUAUAGGUGAUACAUAUCCCAUUCCUCAAAUUAAUGAAAUCCUUGACCAGUUAGGCACAAGUAAAUAUUUUUCCACUCUAGAUCUUUCUUCUGGCUUCCAUCAAAUCCCUGUCGCAGAGGAAGAUAAAGUUAAGACAGCUUUCUCUGUUCCUCAUGGUCACUAUCAAUUCACUCGCAUGCCAUUUGGACUCAAAAAUGCUCCUUCCACCUUCCAACGCCUUAUGAAUACUGCUUUAUCAGGUCUCCAAGGAACCCGCUGUUUCGUUUACCUUGACGAUAUUGUGCUAUACGGUUUCGAUUUAAAUUCUGCAAUUAACAACCUAAGAUCCGUUUUUCAAAGAUUAAGAGAAUAUAAUCUAAAAUUACAACCUGAAAAAUGCGAGUUCUUGAGAAGAGAAGUCGCCUACCUUGGUCAUGUCAUCACGGAAGAUGGCGUAAAACCUAACCCAGAAAAAAUUAAAGCAGUAACUGACUUUCCAAAACCCAAAUCCCCUAAAGAUAUUAAAUCCUUUCUAGGACUAGUUUCAUACUACCGUAGAUUUAUUUCAGAUUUUUCCAAAGUCGCCAAACCUUUAACUAAGCUUUUAAAAAAGGAUACCCCAUUUGAAUGGCAAAACGAGCAACAAGUUGCCUUCGAUGAAUUAAAAAACAAAUUAACCACUGCUCCUAUCCUUUGUUAUCCCGACUUCACCAAAUCCUUUAUACUCACUUGCGAUGCGUCAAAUCAUGCCGUCGGUGCUGUCCUAUCUCAAGGUGCUAUCGGAAGAGAUAAACCUAUAGCAUUUGCAUCCCGUACCUUAAAUCGAAGCGAAUCUAAUUAUAGUACAACAGAAAAGGAACUUUUAGCAAUAAUUUAUGGUUGUAAAACUUUCAGACCUUACUUAUAUGGUCGAAAGUUUCAAAUAAUAACGGAUCACCGUCCCCUAAGGUGGCUCUUUAAUCACAAGGACCCCUCUAGCAAACUCCAGAGAUGGAGAUUAAAACUUGAAGAAUACGAGUAUGAAAUCGUAUAUAGAAAAGGCAAGCUUAAUUCUGCUGCAGAUGCCUUAUCCCGCUAUCCUCCUAAUUCUUUUGCUCCUGUAAACAUAAUAGGAACCGGUUCUAAUCCAACUAUUAACCCAACCAAUACGCAAAAUCCUUCUACCUCCCAAGAUCCUCCGAAUCCUGAAUACGUCGACACAGACCAAUUGAAUAGUCCACUGAAUCUCGACGAAUGGAACCUACCUUUCUUAGAUCCACUACAACAACUUGGUGAACCUCCGAUUCCUCUUCCUAACCUUGAAAAUAUUGACUUACCUACCAAUUCACCAACUCCGGAUGAACUUUUAAAUCCUCCUGCGAUUCCUGAAAAUGAAAAUUUAACUAACCCUAACACUCCAACUCAUACCUCUCCUAUUCCUGAUGACAUCCUAAACCCUUCUGCUAGUCCUAAUGAUAACUUACCUAUUGACAUACCAAGUCCAAGUAUUUCUGAUAAUUCUUAUACAGAAUUCCUAAAAGCUAUGUCCGAUCCUAAAACAAACUUUAAUACCACUAUUCACGAGUAUACAAAUAACCUAUUAUCGACAGAUUCUAAGAUCAUUGUCUUACCAACUUCCAUUGACCUCGAUGAAACAAAUCCCUAUAUCGAAGAGGUCCUAGCUAAUCAAAGUGAUACCACAGAAUUUCUGAAUAGAGAAAGAAGAUUACAUUCAUUUUUAAGGCUAGAAACAAGUUCUAAAUCUUACUAUUUCCUUUUUACUAAAGUUCAUCAUUUUGAUGAUGUGGCAUACCCAGAUCUAUUCAAAUCCUUGCAACAACUCCGCAAUGAAUUAUUAAUCGGUUUGCAUGACUCGUGCAAAGAAAUUGCUAUUUCUGAUUUUAGAGAUCCUUUCGUAAAACUCUCCUCCGUAAUAGUUUGUCAUAAAGAAGAAUUCGUGGAACAAAUAAAGAAGAGUCCAGGAAUUCACUUCAAUCCACAAGGCUCCAUAAAAUUAAUUAACGAUUAUUUGCACGUAGUUAUACCUAUAGAUAUAGAAUAUCUAAAACCCCAUAUCGACAACGUUAGACAUGUGUUAUACACAUCACAACAUCUCUGUCCUGGGAAUAAGAUAAUCAGUGCAUCUGAAUGUCAGAAUAUAUUCGGACCUCUUAAUUCUAUUUUCGACGAUAUUGCGCGAGAUUACUAUUCUAUUUCACAUCUUAUAUCUUCUAAAACCAAGAGGUCCGCAUGGAUAUCAGGCGUCGGUACUAUUUUUAAGCACAUAUUCGGUACUAUGGAUGAAAACGACGCAAUUCUUUACGGUAACGCGAUUCAACAUUUGAAAGAUAAUGACAAGAAACUAUUAGAGUUAGUGAAACAAAACCUUAUCGUUUCUAAAUCUGCUAUAUCUAAUUUUAAUGAAACUCUUUCUGCAAUUAAUAAAAAUGAAGAAAGACUUAACGACGCUAUAGAAAAUCUAUCAUCUAGCUUAACAAGUAUGACAAUAAAUACUGAUUCUCUUCUAUUUCGGGCAAAGAUACAGGAAGUGUUUAAUGUGCUUCAAUCAAGUCUCCUAAACUUAUCCUAUAAAUUAGAAGAUACUGUUAACUCUAUAUUAUUUGCUAAGACCAAUACUCUGCAUCCUUCUAUUAUUACUCCUGUAGAUUUAUAUAAUGAACUCGUUUCUAAUGUUAAGUAUCUUUCUAGAUUUACUGAAUUUCCUGAGCUGCCGACGGCGCACGACAAGCUGCUGAAGUCGCUGAGCUCGAGCCACGCGCCGCUGCGGCUCGCGGCGCUGCGCGGCUGGCUGCUGCAGCUGGCCGCGCGCCGCGUGCCGCCCGACACCCGCGCCGCGCUGCAGCGCCACGCCGCCGCGCGCCUCGCGAACGACCACAGAAUAUCCCACCACGAGAAAAGUUUGUACUGGGCGGUGUUAUUCAUGUUAGUUGAAAUGGGUCAUCCGGAACUAAUGAGUAUUGCAGUGGAUUUCAUACUGACCAACCCGAGGCACUACUGUGCUGAUUUAGUUGUUAAGGGAGUCACGUCAAUAUUACGUCAACAAGUGCUACCCAAAGAUCUUAAGAACAAUAUGAUAGAGAAAUUAUUAAAUAACAUGAAGAAGUAUUCAGAAAAUCACGCCGUACAAAUUCUAAUGGUGCAUCUUUUUUCUGCUGACAGCAAACUACUAAGUCCGAAACUGGAAUCCGACGUAUCAAACAUGGACCCAGACAUUCUGAUGAACUCAAUGGAACGGAUAACGUUACUCUACAAAGCGUUGAGACAGUGUAAAAGUAAGGAAAACAAACAGAUUGUAUCGUCAGCACUGAAAUAUUUCUUGCGAGAAACAUUACCUCCCGCUGCGACGUUGAGCAGAGUCGUCAUAGAAUAUUUGGAGUGCUGUAAAGAAACGGAGACGAAGUAUAUGGGACUGUUGACCGAUAGAGACAGAUGGAUUGAGUGUUCAGUGUUGAACUCUGAAAUUGUUUUUGAGGUAUUUGAGACAUCAGUAACGCAAGACCAAUUACCAGUAUUAAGCGGAUGGAUCUUCGAAGCACUAUGUCAUCUACUCACAGGCAAAAUAUCUGCAAAACUUGUACCAUAUUGCCUUUUAACAUUACUGGUAUCAGCCAGUUCAAAUCACUUCUUACGAUUGAUAAAGCCCCUGUCCUCCCAUAUAUUAAGAUCUGGUUUCCACAAAUGUCCGGAAAACAUUCAAAGUUGGGGUAUUUUCGACGAUUUUGUCGUGAAUGAGGUUAAAAUGUCGUUUUCUGAUCGUAGGUUGUUGUGCAUAGUUGCUUUACAUUCGAAUUUUAGUUCGUAUCAAUUGGAACGGUUGAAGGAGUUGUGCGAUGGGAACGAAUGUCUGAAUGAUUUGUUGCAGUGUUUGAAUGUUGAAAAAUAAUUAUUUGAAAGGUUUUUAGUACGAAUUUUUUGGAAUACAUUGUUUAAAAGACACGCUUUAUAUUUGCUAUUAAAAUGGUUGCUAAAUAAUUGUGAGAUUGGGUAAGAUAAAGAUUAAACAGAACUUAAAUAUAUCAAGGCUUCAAUUGGCUUUUGUUUAAA